AUGGAUGCUGAAUUCGAGAGACUGAUGACGUUCGAACAAAUUAGGAAAAGUGCCGAAGCGACCUACAAAGCAAACCCUUUAGAUGCCGAUAACUUGACGAGAUGGGGAGGAGUUUUACUUGAGUUAGCUCAGUUUCAUAGCAUCGCUGAUUCAAAGCUAAUGAUUCAAGAUGCCAUCGCAAAGCUUGAAGAGGCGUUGUUGAUUGAGCCAAGGAAACAUGAAGCGAUUUGGUGCAUUGGGAAUGCAUACACUUCAUGUGCGUUCUUGACACCCGACGAGGCCGAAGCUGGACAUAACUUUGACUUAGCUACUCAGUUCUUUCAACAAGCUGUGGAUGAGCAACCGGAAAAUGGAAUCUACCUGAAAUCACUCGAAAUGACGGCCAAGGCCCCGCAACUGCACACGGAGAUUCACAAACACGGAUUAGGCUCACAACCAUUGGGUGACGCUGGACCAUCCGCAGCACCGAGCUCAAAGGCAAUGAAGGGUAAGAAAAGUAGUGAUGUGAAGUAUGAUGUGAUGGGUUGGGUGAUUCUAGCCAUUGGCGUUGUUGCUUGGGUCGGUUUCGCCAAAGCUAAUAUGAAUGUAGCUGCUCCUCGAUAA